UGCUGCCCCCCCUGGCUUGAAGUGGUUUCCAUCACAUCCAGGGUUUACAGUUUGGUUUGAUGGCUCUCAGCCCCCCCAUUGUACAGAUUGUUCCUGCACCCCUGGGGACAGUGGUUCCUGUAGUGUAGUUGGAGUGUGGCGAGAGGGGUUGAACCGAGCUGUCUGGCUCUCUGAAGGGUGGGCCGGGCUCUUUUUGGUCUGACAGCCAUGUCCACCUUCAGGCAGGAGAAUGUGGAGGACCAUUAUGAGAUGGGAGAAGAGCUGGGCAGCGGCCAGUUCGCCAUCGUGCGGAAGUGCCGGGAGAAGAAAAGCGGCCUGGAGUAUGCGGCCAAGUUCAUCAAGAAGCGGCGCCUGUCGUCCAGCCGGCGGGGCGUGAGCCGGGAGGAGAUCGAGAGGGAGGUGGACAUCCUGCGGGAGAUCCAGCACCCCAACAUCAUCACGCUCCACGACAUCUUUGAGAACAAGACGGACGUGGUGCUGAUCCUGGAGCUGGUCUCGGGGGGCGAGCUCUUUGACUUCCUGGCCGAGAAGGAGUCCCUGACGGAGGAAGAGGCCACGCAGUUCCUCAAGCAGAUCCUGGAUGGGGUCCACUACUUGCAUUCCAAGCGCAUAGCGCACUUCGACCUGAAGCCCGAGAACAUCAUGCUGCUGGACAAGAACGUGCCAAACCCCCGCAUCAAACUCAUCGACUUCGGCAUUGCUCACAAGAUCGAAGCGGGGACUGAGUUCAAAAACAUCUUUGGGACCCCGGAGUUUGUAGCCCCUGAAAUAGUGAACUACGAGCCCCUGGGGCUGGAGGCUGACAUGUGGAGCAUCGGGGUCAUCACAUACAUUCUUCUCAGUGGUGCCUCUCCGUUCUUGGGUGAAACGAAGCAGGAGACCCUGACGAACAUCUCCGCCGUGAACUACGACUUUGACGAGGAGUAUUUCAGCAACACCAGCGAGCUGGCCAAGGACUUUAUCCGGCGCCUGCUCGUCAAAGAUCCCAAGAAGCGGAUGACAAUUGCCCAGAGCCUGGAGCAUCCCUGGAUUAAGGUAAAAAAAUCCAUAAACGUCCGCAACGAAGACAACGGCAAGAAGCCGGAGAGGCGGCGUCUCAAGACCACUCGGCUCAAGGAGUACACCAUCAAGUCCCACUCCAGCAUGCCCCCCAACAACACCUACAUCAACUUCGAGCGCUUCUCCAAGGUGCUGGAGGAGGUGGCUGCCGCUGAGGAGAGCCUCCGGGAGAUGGAGAGGAACAAGAAGUCCUUCCGGGAGGACAUCGAAGCCUUGCGCUCCAUCUACGAGGAGAAGGAGUCCUGGUACAAGGAGGAGAAUGAGAGCAUCCGCCAGGACCUGCGCCAGAUCCAGCAGGAGCUGCAGAAGACAGAGGCCCUGAAAAAGCAGACCCAGGAGGAGACCAAGAGCACCCUGCUGGUGGCCAACGGGCUCAAGCGGCGCUACCGGAAGCUGGAGAACCGCUAUGAGGCUCUGGCCAAGCAGGUGGCCUCGGAGAUGAAGUUCGUGCAGGAGCUGGUGUGGUCAAUGGAGCAGGAGAAGCUGCAGGGUGGAGAGGGGGACUGCAGCAUCCGCUAGCCUUCAUCCUCUGAGCUUGUGGGGCUGGGGAGGAGGACCCGGUGGUGGGGAGAAUACCUUUGCCAUGGCCGGUAUGGGGGAGACACCCAAUCUGUGCCCACUUGAGCGUCAUCUAUUCACUAGGAGCCCGAGAGGCUCGGCCUUAAUGGCAUAAAACCGGAGUAGACUGCAGCAGCGUUUAGUAUGCAGGUAUGACAGCCUGGACACUGCAACUCCCAUCAUGCAGUGCUUCUGAUCCAAACUGUAGUCUGCUGAGCCCACUGCAUGCUGGGACCUGUAGUCUUCCCCCCAAUUGCCCCACCAUAUUAAAGUAGAAGGCUGCCCUAUUUAUGGGCUGGUCUCCGGCCAGCCCCCUGUUUUGAGGGUAUAUUGGCAAUGGCCGCUUUUAAUUACUUGCGAGUGGGCCCAGUCCUUGUCCAAGGACUUGGGCUGUUUUUUACUCUGAAAUUAAUGAAAUCACUUGCUGAUCAUU